AUGUGGGGUGCCUUUGGGAAGCCCCAGGGCACGGUGGCAAGGGUCCACAUUGGGCAGGUCAUCGUGUCCAUCCGUACCAAGCUGCAGAACAAGGAGCAUGUGAUCGAGGCCCUACGCAGGGCCAAGUUUAAGUUCCCUGGCCGCCAGAAGAUCCACAUCUCCAAAAAGUGGGGCUUCACCAAAUUCAAUGCGGAUGAAUUUGAAGACAUGGUGGCCGAGAAGCGCCUCAUCCCUGAUGGCUGCGGAGUGAAAUACAUCCCAAAUCGCGGUCCCCUGGACAAGUGGUGAGCCCUGCACUCCUGAAGGCUUCCACUGUGCCAUCCCCAACAAGUUCAUGAAUAAAUGUUCUCUCUUCUC